AUAUACCGAUUUGGAUGAAAGGUAAACAAGGCAUAAUAAUGUUUUUGGGUUUCCUAGAUUGGAAGGUGAUCGGACGGCUGGAAAAUUCCACCGUGGCCUACGUUCUGUGUUUUUGGUGUGAGUACUAGUAUGCUGAGAACGGUAAAACCACGCAAUGCGAGGUCGAAGCGGGCUUUGGACGCGAGGGAGGCAAAGGAGGUCGAGGAUGUGAGGACUGCGAUAUUUGUCAAGGGAACUCAUACGGGAGAGAUUGUGAACGGUGUCAUGCAAGAGCUGAUGGCACUGAAACGACCUAACGCAAUCUCGUUCUCAAAGAAAAACACGAUCCGGCCUUUUGAGGACGCUUCGUCCCUUGAAUUUUGGGCGAGCAAAAAUGAUGCAUCCAUGUUCCUCAUGGGCCAAUCUACGAAGAAGAGACCUGCAGGUCUUGUCAUUGCACGUACAUUCGAUUCGAAAGUACUGGACAUGUGCGAACUCGGAGUAGACAAGUUCGUUAGCAUGGCAGAAUUUAAAACACCAAAAUCAACACCAGGACAUAAACCCAUGAUGCACUUCGCAUCAGAGCUAUUUGAUACCCAUCCACGAUUCAUUCAACUCAAAUCUCUGCUCAUGGAUUUCUUCAACGGUGAAGUCAUCGAAUCGAUAUGUCUACCAGGAUUGGAGCACGUCAUCAGCGUCAGCCUCGCGCCUGCUCCCUCACUCCAAGCUCCAAAUCCCAUUCUAGGCUCAUCCCAAGAAGACGACGUCCAAAAUCUACCAAAAGUCCAUAUCCGGACGUAUACCAUAAAACUUCUUCCGUCGGGAACGCGUGUACCACGAGUCGAGUUAACGGAGAUGGGCCCCUUCCUUGAUUUAUCAUUAAGACGUCAUCAAGACGCAGACCCGGAGGUGUGGAAAGCCGCUAUGAGACGACCAAAGUUGAAGAAAACAGAUUUGGAGAAGGGUCUUGGAAAGAAGAAGAAAAAUAUGGAAGUGGACGAAAUGGGAGAUUUGAGGGGACGGGUGCAUGUUGCCAAGCAGGAUCUCAGCAAGCUCCAGACCCGGAAGAUGAAAGGCUUAAAAAGUGCACCGUUGGAACAGGAAUCGGAUGGGAGUUCGGAUUCCGAAGAGGACGAGCAGGAGGACGCACCGCGACAGAAAAAGCGAAAACGGGAUUGAGGGUGAUUGUAUUGAUAGUUCAUGUUGCAUGUGCGUGUAUCAUCGCAUGUGGGUUAGUAUGUAUUGCACGGGUUUUCAUGGGUUGGCCAAGGGCUGCCUCGUGCUACGUGUCUCCCACCUAACGCCUUUGGGGCCGGCUUACAUAAGGGGGGAAACAACAA